AUGAACAUCUCUGCGGCUGCUGUUUCGCAUCCACAUACGUAUAUCUACGAGAAUUUGUACAAAGAGAUGAACAUACGUGGCAAGGAUAUGGUACCGGCACAUGAAGCAGCUGCGUUCCUGAAGCUAUCCUGCUUGAAUGUAACAACUUUGGGUCAGAUUUGGGAGCUGGCCGACUAUAACCGCAAAGGUUGUUUGGAUAAAACGGGCGCAUUCAUUGCUUUCAAACUAAUUGCUGCAUGCCAACAAGGCCAUGCCCCCUCCUGGCAAUCGCUAUCACUGCAGCUUGAUCCACCCUCUUUCGCUUCUCGAUCUGCAACCCCAUCGAUCCCGAAUUUCGGUUCAGCCACUUCCGCCAGUCCUAACGGUCAUUGGGCGAUUGAUCCGGUGGAGCAGUCGAAAUAUGAAUCGAUCUUCGAUGGCCUAGCUCCAGUGGAUGGCAAAGUGUCCGGUGAUCGGGUGCGACCUGUAUUGUUGAAUUCCGGACUUCCAAGUGCAGCGCUGGCCAGGAUAUGGGAAUUAGCGGACAUGGACAAAGUGAGUGACACGUAA